UAGACGGUAUUCACGCCUCGUUUUGAAAAUUUUCAAAACGAGGCUCUUAACGCAGGAUAUUUCCUAUACAAACAAUGGCGUCACGAAAACCUCUCAGCGAACCGGGAUGGACAAAUAAUUUAUCGAUUGUUCCAGACAUUUCAAUGUGUGACGUUGUAAAAAUAAUUCAGAAACACUCUAAAGUUCCAACUAAACAUCUUGACAAAGGCUACAAGUUUUUUCAUGGCUCGUAUGUGCAUAAUAUUGAAGGUAAGUUGAAAGGUUACACAUCAUGACCUUUUGUGAUUCCCUUCGUUAAAAAUAGACUCCAUAUAUAGUCAUCAAGCUAAAAAUAAACUAUCCCACGCUGUCAUGUACAUUUAUGCAUAUUGUGUUACACACCAUGCGUUCACUUACACAUAGAUUAUAAUCGUGUUUCUUUAUAGCUUGAAGGCAUUCAGCCUAUAGAAAGUGAUUUUUCUAAAUAUUUGACAGGCUAUUAAAUAUAGAUCCGAUAAAAGGACAAUGGAUAUUGUAAAUAAUAAAGAAAAUUACUGGUUUACUUUCAGUGAAGAUGAACAAAGAAGGUUGCCAUGUGCGAGGAAAAUGUUUCCGAUCCAUGAAAAAAACGAGUCACCAUGGUCAUUGCAUAUAUCCCUGUUGAACACAAAAGAAAUUGAGAGCCAGUACUGUGCAUGUUCGGCUGGGAAAGGUUCAUGUGCUCAUGUGGCUGCCCUUGUGUAUCAACUUGCACACUACAAAACCCUGAAAAUGAAAUCUGUUCCCGAUAUUGUUUCAAAAACUUCAUCUCCACAACUUUGGCAAGUGCCACCGAGAACUCAUGGAAUUGUGCCAAGGCAACUCUCAGAUGUUAAGUUUGUGAAACCAAAGUCAAAGAAAAAUGAAAAUUCUGAGCAAUGUGUAUGUAGCACACUGUACAAUCCUAUCAAUACACAGUUUCCAGACAUUGAAUUUAUGAAAGGAUUACAAUUAAUUGUUUCAAAUUCUGAAAUUCAGUUUAACCAAGUGUUGCCGGACAAUUUUGACAGUAUUGAAACAAAAAUGAGCUCAUUUGGUAGUGUUUUAAGUGGUAGCUGUCUUGCACAUCAGUUGCCUGAACCGGAAUCUGAUGGAAGCAUAACUCGGAUUCCAGAUGGACCGGAAUUCCCACAGUUGCCAUUUUCAACACAUGAUUUGAGGCGUACAUAUGAGAGAGUACUAAGUGAAAAUGAACAACUGUUUUUUGAUGGCAUAGGUGUGAGUCAGGAGCUAGCAGAGGAGCUUGAACAACUAACUCGGAAACAAAGUGAUUGCCCUGAAUGGCACAACCUUAGGAAAAAACGUCUUACUUCUUCAACAUUCAAGGACAUUGUUGUGCGUAGAAAGGAUUUCGAUACAUUAACAGAAAUGUUAAGUAGUUCACGUAAAGUCCAGACUGCAGCGAUGAAACAUGGUAUUGAAAAUGAAGGUAAUGCAGUGCUGGAGUAUGCAACACAUAAAAAUGUUAAUAUUAAACCAUGUGGCUUUGUCAUAAACCCUGAUGCGCCAUUUCUUGGAACAUCUCUAGACAGGAUAGUUUAUGAUCCAAAUGAAAUAUGUCAGUUUGGUGUUUUGGAAGUUAAAUGUCCAGUGAAAGAAUCAUACACAGAAUCCCAGUUCCUACGUGAAAAUGCGGACGGUACUUAUAGCCUUAAACAUUCACAUUCAUAUUAUUUGCAGGUCAUGGGCCAGAUGGCUCUCACAGGCCUAACAUGGGCUGAUUUCUGUGUAUGGACACAGAACGAUAUGCACAUUGAAAGGAUUUACUUCGACAAGGAUGUAUGGUGUGAAGCAUAUGAGAAACUGAUUGUUUUUUAUUUUGAUCAUUUCAUGAGAAAGUUUGUCUAAACAAUAAAAUUGAAAUUUGCGCAUAAAAAGAGCUUCUUAAAGCAGCAUGCUUUCAGAUGAGUGCAGUUUCAGAUUUUUUUGUUAAUUGUAUUAAAAAUUGAAAUAUUGUCAGGGAAACAUUGAAAGUAAUUUACACUUGAAAAUAAUGCAACAAAUAUUACCAAAAAGGUCAUAACAUGCAAAAAGCUCUUAUUGCAUAAGUCAAACAGUAAAAUAGCACCUACAGGCAGUGAACAUGAUCAAUAUCUUUACAUGCAAUAUAUUUUUUGCUUAGCUAUAUAAUUAUAUGAUUUGUUAAUAAUGUUUUAUUGCUGAAAUCACUCAUGCUUUGGAGUGUGAUAAUGGUAUGACUUAUAUCUCACAGCUGGGAUGUAAUGUUCCAGCUCACAGACAUUUUAAAUAUCUCAUUUUACUUUAAAGUUUGUUGAUUAUAGAUAAUAUUAGAUUAGAUUAUCAAUGACAUGUCAUCAGAUUAAAUUUUUUGCCAGCUUUUUUUUAAUUCAAAAUAAAACAGAAACACAGAUAUAUCUAUUUUUUAUAUUUUAAUGGAAU